AUGCCAAAUAAGAAGACCAAGAAGCCGACAACCAGAAAGCCGACAGGUGGCAAUAUCCAGACACCAAAAAAACACCAUUGUUCGCUUCUUGUUCGAAAAAAUACUAUGAGGGCUCAAUUACAGGAACUUGUUGACAAAAUGCUUGAAGCCGACAUCUAUAAGGCUGGACCUGACGACUAUAAGGUUAAUUACGGCAGCAAAGUGUCCGGCACAACCGACAGGAGCAAAAAUGAACUUAAGAAGAGUAUCUUCAGUCUAUUCUACGACGUGAACGAGGAAAUCUUCAAACAGCCUGUUUACGAUGUCUUGAUAAAAUUAGUCGAAAAUGGAGUGUUCUACAACGAUGUCUGUGAGCAAGAGAAAUCCAUGGACGGGACUCGGAAGGCACAAGUUCAGAAAUUACUUGACACCUGGACAGACACAGAAGUUUUCAGAUUAGCUUAUGAGUACUUGCACGCUAAGAGUACGUUCUCCAAUCUUAGUGAUGAGCCACAUUCGGACUCAUUUGAAGAGCUGAAAGAGUUCCUUUUCAACUUCUGGUUUGGAACAUAUUCUCGUUGCUCAGGACCCAUGGGAAGCUCUGGUAAAAUUCAUACAGUAUCAAAAUCGUCCUGUAAUCUCUAUCAACGCUUUGAAGGUUUUGAGCAUGUCUUCACUGGAGAAUGGAAGCAGGGUACUGUUGGAGGGCAUCACAGCUGGGUUACCUACUACUUAGCGCAGAAAGCAGGAAAGAUCAACUACCAUGGAUAUUACACUCAAAGAGGGCUCACUACGGGAACCUUCCAAUACAAAUGGCAAUCCUAUAUGAAGAAGAAGGGCGGUAUGCUGUUUGGAACUUCCCCA